AAAGGGGAAGGGAAGACAGUCUGAGUAAAGUUUCUGCAGAGAGAGGGAAAAUUUGCUCCACUUCAAGGGAUUUUUGCAGCAUGGAUCCAAAAUCCUGCAUGUGAGGAGGGUUAGCCCUACAGAGCGGCUGGUAGGGUAUUUCAAGAUUAACCAGCAACAUGUGGGUACUCCUGACGUCUGUGUUCUGGUUGCUCAGGUGCUUAGCUUUCAACGAAGGAAGAAUAUUACCUCAAACAGGAGAACAGUGUCCAAGUUUACAACAUGAAGGAAUAAACCCUGAUGGAAACUCAAAUAGUACAGGAUUCAAUCUCAUUCGUAGAUUUUCUCUCCAGAAAAUGAGCUCAGUAAAAAAGAUUCGUAACCCUAAAGGACCUGUUAUCAUGCGUCUUGGAGGGGCCAAACUAGUGGAGCCAACAUCACAGGUGUUCCCUCACGGUAUCCCUGAUGAGUUUACACUUGUCAUAUCCUUGUUGUUAAAGAAGCAGACAACUGAUGAAGAUUGGUACCUGUUCCAAGUCAGUGACCAGCUGGGAUACCCACAGGUCUCACUCAGUAUUAAUGGCGUCGACAGGAGCCUGGAAUUUCGUGCCAAAGGACGUGACAAAGAGUAUGUGAGCUGUACAUUUGCUGGGCAAGGGGUGUAUUCUUUAUUUGACAAUGGAUGGCACAAGAUUGUGCUAAACGUUCAGGAGAAAAUAGUGUCUGUUCACAUCGACUGCAGCUUUAUCUCCAGCAAACCCAUUGAGGCCAGAAGGGCAUUGGCCAGUGAAGGACACACCUUCAUAGGUUUAGAUGCAGCUAAUGGUGUACCAGUUCAUUUUGAUAUUCAGAAGUUCCUUAUGUACUGUGAUCCCCUUGUGGCAAUGCAAGAAGGGUGCUGUGAGAUUCUACCAUCUGGUUGCAAUCCUGAGGCUCCCAAGACAAGAAGAAACGUGGAAGUGGCUGAAAGUGUACAGAAUACCAACCUCAUUUACAUACCUCCUAAAACCAAGCAGCAAGGAUACACUCGAUGCUUCUGUCUGGAGGAGGCUUUGGAAAGAAGGGGUGAAAAAGUAUCUUCUGGAAUGCCUGUUGAGUUGCCUGCAGAGUGUGCAUCGUGUGCUUUCCAGCUCCCUGAAAGGAAUGUCACAAUGGGACCUCCUGGCCCCAGGGGUUUGAAAGGGGAGAGAGGACAGUCUGGAACUUAUGGAGCAAAAGGGGAAAGAGGAGAGAGGGGGGCAGACUGUGUUCAGACUUCUGCUCAAGGACCAUUACAGUGUGCUGAGGGCACAAAGGGAGAGAAAGGAGAACGCGGGCAAGAGGGGCCUAGAGGAUAUGAAGGGACAUCAGGUCAAGAUGGAGAAAAAGGACAAAAAGGUGAAACGGGAGACCUUGGAAUAAAAGGAUCAGCCGGAUCACCAGGAAGAGAUGGAAGACCUGGAGAAAUCUGUGUGAUGGGACCUAAAGGUCAAAAGGGAGAGAUUGGCAUUGUUGGCCCAGAAGGUCUUGCAGGAGAACCAGGUCCUCCAGGAAAACCAGGACCUCCAGGAAUUGGGCUACCAGGAAAACCUGGUGAUCCUGGUGGCCCACCUGGCCCUUCUGGGGUAAAGGGUGCUGCAGGAACUCCUGGAAGAGAUGGUGCUGUGGGAAAACCGGGUAAACCAGGCAUCCCAGGACUCAAAGGAGAAAAGGGGAAUCCAUGUGAGUCAUGUCCAUCUGUGCCUGCUGAUGGAACAAACGUGAUCAAUAGUCCAGGCCACAAAGGACAGAAAGGAGAAAUGGGGAUCCCAGGAAAUGGGGAGCCUGGGAAAUCAGGAAUCAAAGGUGAACCAGGCAUAAAAGGUGAACAGGGUAUCCCAGGUGCAAAUGGUAUAAAUGGGGAAAAGGGGGAACCCUGCACUUCCUGUCCAACAUUGUCUCCUGGCAUGGCAUCCAUACAGAACAUACCAAAGGGACUGAAGGGAGAACCUGGGGAGCCUGGAGUUGGACUGAUUGGACUACCAGGAAAAAUCGGGGUACCUGGAUUGUCUGGGUCCAAAGGAGAAAAGGGGGAUUUUGGGCCUCAAGGACCACCAGGGACACCAGGCUUGCCAGGACAGCUAGGGGGAACUGGACAAGCUGGAACUAAAGGAGAAAAGGGCGAGUCCUGCACUAUGUGUCCAACCUUCCCAGCUGAAGUAUCAAAACCAGAUACUGUCAUUGCUAUUCCUGGACCCCCCGGACAAAAGGGAGAAACAGGAGAAACAGGAAAUGGACUACCAGGAAAAAAUGGUAAACAAGGAGAACCUGGAACGAAGGGGCAGAAAGGUGAGACUGGAACAGCAGGGGACCCUGGCAUUUCUGGGAGAACAGGUUUACCAGGACUGGCCGGACAACCAGGCAUACCAGGAUUAACAGGAAUCAAGGGGGAGAAGGGAGAUGCCUGUGACUCAUGUCCCAUGAUCGGUGGAGGAGAUUCUAAUGUUCUCGGGAUUCCUGGAAGACCUGGGGAAAAAGGAGAACAAGGGCCUCCAGGGAAAGGACAGCCAGGAAAACCAGGUCAGUCAGGGCUUCCUGGAAUUCAGGGACUACAAGGAAUUAAAGGUGCACAGGGGGAGCCAGGACCACCAGGAGAAGGGAAAAGAGGUCCACAGGGAGAACCUGGGGAACGUGGUUUGCCUGGGAAAACAGGGGCACCAGGACCUCUAGGGUCCCCUGGCUUUGUUGGAUCCAAAGGUGAAAAGGGAAACACUGGACAAAGAGGGGCUCCAGGAGAACCUGGAAAUCCUGGAAUAGGUGCCAUGGGACCACUGGGACGUGAAGGACCUUCAGGUCAUCCAGGAUCCCCUGGACUUGAUGGUGUACAGGGUGAUAAAGGAGAAAAGGGAGAUGCUGGAGUGUGUUCUUGCCCACCAUGGAUGGAUCCAGAAAUUUUUGGAAGACCUGGCUCUCCUAAUAAGUUAAAUGGAGAUGGCUGGUCUUUUGGAAUUCAGGGCCCUCCUGGGCCUCCAGGGCCCCCAGGUCCUCCAGGACUACCUGGCCUACAGGGUGUACCCGGACACAAUAGUAUGCCAGGAGCGCCUGGAGUGCCAGGAGAGCUGGAACCCCUGGCUGCAGAAAGCAACAUUGAUAUUCUAAAGUGCCGAACUGAAAAAGACGAUGAAGUGGGAGAUGAACCUGAUCACGGCUGUGCAGGUGGGCCAGGGCAACCAGGUGUCCCAGGAUUACCAGGACAAGAUGGAUUACCUGGUCCACGAGGAUCUUCUGGACCUCCAGGAGCUCCAGGGCCCCCAGGUUUUCCAGGCACUCUUGGCACCCCCGGACUACCUGGUAUGCAGGGAGAAAGAGGACCACCAGGGCCACAUGGAGAAAAAGGAGAGCUGGGACCACCUGGACUUCCUGGUUAUCCUGGAUCUAUGGGACCCCCUGGCCUUCCAGGCAGUAAAGGAGAGCGUGGAUACCAUGGACCUGCAGGAGAGAAAGGAGAGUCGGGUCCACCUGGUAUUCCUGGUGUUCCUGGUCCUGCUGGACCUGCUGGACCAAGAGGUGAACGUGGAACUACAGGGAGUUCAGGAGAGAAAGGUGACCAGGGAUUUUCAGGACCCCCAGGUUUCCCAGGACCUGUGGGUCCUCCAGGUUUUCCUGGAAAGCCUGGGUCUACUGGACCACCUGGACCUGCAGCUGAAAAGGGUUCAGAGGGAUUACAUGGUUCCCCUGGACUACCUGGCCCAUCAGGCCGACCAGGGCCUCCUGGAUUACAGGGUCCCCCUGGGAAUGAAGGACUAGAUGGGAAGGUUGGGAAACCAGGACUGAGGGGAGAAACGGGACCUACUGGGCCUCCUGGGCAUAAGGGUAUUCCGGGAUUCAAAGGAAUAAAAGGACAUCCUGGCUUGCCUGGGCAAAAGGGAGAUUCUGGUCCUCCAGGUUCUCCGGGCACUACUGGCAGGCCUGGAGCAGAGGGUGAUCCUGGUCCAAUGGGACAACCAGGCCGCCCAGGACCUCCUGGAAACUUGGGAGCAGCAGGACUUACAGGGCAACCAGGCGAUCCAGGCCCCCCUGGGGUGGGACUUAAGGGUGAUCGAGGACCAGCAGGUGACCGAGGACCAAUGGGUCUCCCAGGUGAGCCAGGUUCCCCAGGACACCCAGGACCUGCUGGUGAAAUGGGUUCAGAUGGCCUUAUGGGUAAGGAGGGUCCUGCUGGAAGGCAAGGAACUCCUGGUUCUCCUGGAGAGAAGGGUGAAGCCGGUGCUUCUGGACCUGCAGGCCCCCCUGGAGAAAGAGGAAGACCAGGACCACCAGGAAUGUCAACAGAUUAUUCAAAAAGUGACUCAUUAGGGAUAGUUGGACCAAGAGGACCUCCAGGGGAAAGGGGUUCUUCUGGACCUCCAGGACCUUCUGGGGCACCAGGAAGCCCAGGACUUCCAGGAACACCAGCUGAAUCCAUCAGUUAUGAUGAAAUUAAGAGAAUGAUACGACAAGAGAUGAUCAAGAUCUUUGAUGAGAGGAUGGCAUAUUAUACAACUCGCAUGCAGAUGCCAUUGGAAAUGGCUUCAUCACCAGGAAGACCAGGUCCUCCUGGGAAGGAUGGAAGCCCAGGACGUCCAGGAGCCUCUGGAUCACCUGGACUACCUGGACAAAUAGGCCGUGAGGGGCGACCAGGUGCCCCAGGAAUGAGAGGAGAACCUGGACCAAAAGGAGAAAGGGGGACAAAUGGUAUUGGUAUCAUGGGCGAUGUUGGGCCUCCUGGCCCACCAGGACCACAAGGGCCACCUGGAUAUGGCAAACUGGGAUUACCAGGCCCAAUAGGACAGCAAGGUGUACCAGGUAUUCCAGGAUCUCCAGGGUCAAAAGGUUAUCCAGGAAAAGAUGGUAGAUGUAACCCCACAGAUUGCCUCGGUAUGAUGGCCGUGCAAGAUUACCAGCCAAAGAGCAUGAAGGGUCCAGGGUGAUCUUCAGGAAAACAUCUACCAGAUCGUCAGGCAAAAGUCUACCAGAAAACACCUUAGUGUAUAAAAUGUUUCCCCCAUCUAUGCCAGAGGAACCAGCAACACAUUGCUCUGUAUUCUGGUAUAUACAUAUGGCUCUGUAUCGUGGUGCUGGGGUUUCUGGCAAAGCUGGGGGAGGUUAACUUAAUUUUUUUGUUCUCCUUGUCUGUGUUUUUACAUGUAACUGCUUCCUAUUACCUACAUAUGUUGUGGUGUUUACAUGUCGACUGCAUAUCACCAGCCAGCAUCUCCAACAAAACAAAACAACUUGUUGACGUGAAAUCUGAAAGAAAUCUGAUUGCCCACUCAUGUUGAAAUGCAAGAUUUUCAGACUUUUUGCCCCCUAAAAUUGAAUUUUUGGAAAUCCAUAACAUUUUGGUGCAAAAAAAAAAAAAAAAACUACCAAUUACCAAACAAUUCUCAACUGUAUGUUAAAGUACCAGAGUAAAGAUUUUUCUAUUUGCACCAA